UAAUGAGACACUUUUAAACAGAACGUAAGCCCUGGCAUCAAUCUAGUCCGGGAACAACUUUGAGCACUGCACUGCGGGGACUACUGCUGUUGGACUCUUAGGAGAGACUUUGUUUUUUGCUUCUUGUGAGCCACAGAGCUUUAUUUUUAUUAGUGGGAAUAUACGCCGAGCUCUAAAUCGCCUGUAAAGAUGCUGGUUCUACUAAUUGGAAUCAUCUUUCUGCACGUCGCUGCUCUGGUUCUCCUGUUUGUGUCCACUAUUGUCAGCGCAUGGACAACAGGGGAAACCAUCACCGCAGACCUCUGGAUAAACUGCUCUUCCAUCACUGGACUCUGUAAAGCAGCAUCCACUGGAGAAUGGAUCCAGUCGGUCCAGGCUCUAAUGAUCCUAUCCAUCAUCUUCAGCUGCCUGGCUCUCUUCCUCUUCUUCUGCCAGCUCUUCACUUUGCAGAAGGGCGGUCGCUUCUUCCUCACUGGAACCUUCCAGAUCCUUGCCAGUUUGUUCGUGAUGAGCGGUGCCAUCAUCUACACAGUGAUGAGUCCCGAGUGGGUGCCAGACAACAACUCUUUCGGCUACUCCUACAUCCUGGCGUGGGUGGCCUUCCCCUUGGCGCUGAUCAGCGGACUCAUCUACGUCAUCUUGAGGAAGCGAGAAUGAGCUGUCACUUCACCCCAAGUGUUCCCUUGUAGGCCCCCGCCCCGCUGCAAGUGUCAUCAGCUCCCCUUUGAAGCUUAAGUUGUAGUCUCAAAGUACCAACAGCCCAGGAAUCACCGGGCCAACAACAACAACAACAACAACAACAAAGCUAUUCCCCAGCAAGGGAGGGAGGUGGGGGAUUCCAAACAACAACAUGCAAACCAACACAAAAACAACCAAUACUGUCUCAUUUAAAAGAUGUAUAUAGUAUCUAUGGUUUAAAACCUAUUUAUAACACUUUUUACAUAUAUGUACAUAGUUUUUGUGUUGCUCUGUCAAUGGAUACUUGUAGGAGCUUUGUUUAAGCUGAUUAAGUGCCUCAGUGUCUGUUUGUUUGUAAUGAUGACAUAAUUGGAUUGCAUUUUUUUGUUUUCUUUCUUUUUGUGCCUGAUUUUGAUUCAGUUACUGCCAAAGAAUAAGUGGAAAAAGUACAAGAACAUUUUAUUAGGUAUAUUAACCAAAAUGCAUGUUAUAGGGUGAUGAAGAUUUGAUAGGCUUGCUUAGCAAAAAGAGUGGUAACAUCCAUGGGUAGAGUGUAGCAAUGAAGUAUAGAUUUGGUCCUUUUCUAAUUUGUGAAUUUGCAGGUUUCAUUUUUUUUCUAUUUCUUUUUUUCAUCAAACGAUGGUGCUAUAUAUUUAUCAUUCCUUUUACUAAUAGCAAUCAUUUACAAUAGAGCUAUUUUGUUAUUGCUUAGAGACAAACAGCUUGCCAUUAACUUGAAGUGAGAAUAAGAGAACAAGUACAACUGUAUUUACAGUGUCUGACUACUUUUUAAGGGAACACAGCCUGUUUCAGAUUGCAAUGCCUGGCUUUUUUUUCCUCUCCUUAUCUGCUACUUUUAAUUACUAAAUUGUGGAGUUUGGUCUGUGCACUGAUGAAAUUGAUCAUUAGGAAUGUCAGUAUUAUUUAAUCAAAGUUAAAUUGAUCACACAAACUUCCUUUUGGUUAAUUUGCCUAUGUUUGCCUGUGACCACGUUUGUCAAAGUCUCAAGAAGGUGAAUGAUCUCCUGAUGUUUUACCUGUUUGAGACAUAAUGGCCUUAAAACAAAAUCGUAUAAUUCUCACCUAACCUUGUGCCACUCAUUCAAAGCCAUACAAGAUGAUAGGAAACAUUUACUGUUGACUAAAUGUGUGUGUAAAAAAGACAGAGUUUUGCAGUGGUGAUAUAAACAUCUGUUUCACAUACUUGAAGUGUGACAUGCUGCAGUCUCUGCCCACUGACAUCUCUGUGUUUUUCUCCUAUACUGUAUAAAAACACUGUUGAAAAUGUUGUGCAUAACAUAUGUGGAUGACAAUCUAGCUGAAAAAAAGAAACACUCAUGUACUAAAUAAAACUACUCUCGCAUUAUCUAAUACAGUGUAUUCCGCUGUUACAACGGACUGGACUCACACUUAACGGCAAAAUCAUUACAUAUUUAAUCUGAAUAGUGUGGAACACUGAAGUCACGCUGUCUGCCUGUAAACUGUGCAAACCUCGAGGCUACAAGAGCAUUGUUAGUAAAUGUUAAAAAAAGACUGGCAGUCUCUGCAUAUUCGCCAGCUGCUAGUUGUCAGCUGAAUUGCAGCAUGUAAACUCCUGUUAACAGUCUAGCCAAGCGGGUCUGCAUGAUGAUGUGCAAUCACACUCUAGAGCAUGUGUGUCAAACUCAAGUCCUGCAGCCCAAAUGCGGCCCAACAAGUCAUUUUGUGUGGUCCACGAGAGCUUAAAAAAUUAUUAUUGCCUUAUAAUAAAGUCCAUAUUGCUGAGUUUGAUAACUUGAUAUUUUUUAUUACACAAAACAAUGUACAAUAUUUGUAACUUGAAUAAAUAAUAAUCAAUUGCAGAAACAUGUAUUAAUACAUUAUGGAGUAGUUACAGCUAUGUAGUCUUAAAGUUACAACCAGCCCUUUGAGGGGAACUGUGUUGCUGAUACGGCUCCGCAGUGAAAAUGAGUUUGACAGCCCUGCUCUAGAGGAUCAAAUAUGCUGCCUUGUGGUAUGAACAUACACACGGACAUACGCACACAAACACAGGGGCAAAGGCACAGUGUUUAGCAUUCAAUGUCAGUUAUUCAGAUCAUGAUGCUCAUGUUUCAGAGUCAACAGUGCCUCUCAUAACUGCAGACAUAAAUGGAAUAGGAUCACACUGUAAGCAAGGAUCUGUCCUCCACUUCACACCCCCUGUGAGUUCAUGUUCCCUCCCAAAUCAAAGAAACAGUAAAUGUGGUGUUGAAAAAAAAAUAAAAAUAUAUAUAUAUAUUUCCAUCCGUAGCUUAAAGUUUAACUAGUCAGUUUGCCUGUGAGGUUCAAGUGAUUACUGUUGGGUUCAGUUAGAAGAGACAGCCUCUAAUGACAACUGCCCAUGUCACUAACUCGUGUGUUCAAGUUUACACCUAAACACUAAACUUCUCUUGAUAUAUUACCAAAGCUACUUUGAAUUUAAUCAUUAAAGGAUGUUUCUUACCACCAA